GCGCGCAGCCCCGGGCGCUGAGGACGCGGAAAAGCGCCGCUCCGUGCGGCGCGCGCGGGCGGGGACCCGUCCUACCUCGAGACGCACGGACGUGGCCGCGGCUGCUUCCGGCCGACGUCAGCGGGCCCCGCACCCCGCGACGCCCCCUCCCCCCACGGUCGCGACGCGCGGGGGCGGACACGCGCGCGUGAGGACGUCGGGGCGCGCGCGCCGGCGCGCCGAGUCUGAGGCCGAGUUGGCGGCGGGGAGCUCGGAGGGGACUGACCGGCCCUGGUCCGCGGGCCGCGCCGCGGCGUCGCCCACUCCCUGCAGCCGCUGCCGGGGCCUCGGUCCGCUCACCGUCAUGCGAGGAGCCAGCACCCUGAAGCAAAGAAAUCUGGAUCACAGAAAAAGUAUUCCAGGGUCAUGCAGGCCAGCUGCAGCCAACUCAGCAGUCCUUCCGGAACUGCAGGCUGUGAUGCAGCCUCGGCCUCCCAACGUGUACACCCGAGAUUGACAGGGGAUGCCUCAGCUCUUCAUUCCAGCGAUGUUCAUAUCCAGAUAAACUCCAUUCCUAAAGAAUGUGCUGAAAAUCUAAGCUCCCGAAAUACAAAGUCAGGUGUCCGUAGCUGUGCCCAUGGAUGUGGCCAUAGUUGCAGCCGGAGCCAUUCCCACAGUGAAGCCUGGCUGCCUGAUGAUCCUGCCAUGGAGCCUGGAGAUCCUGGUGGAAGCUCCUUCUCAGAAUUCGGCUAUGUCUUCAAGUGGCUGCAAAAAAGUCUCCCCUAUAUUUUGAUUCUGGGUGUGAAACUUGUCAUGCAGCAUCUAACAGGAAUUUCUCUUGGAAUUGGGCUGCUUACAACUUUUAUGUAUGCAAACAAAAGCAUUGUAAAUCAGGUUUUUCUAAGAGAGAGGUGCUCAAAGAUUCAGUGUGCUUGGUUACUGAUAUUCUUAGCAGGAUCUUCUGUUCUUUUGUAUUACACCUUUCAGUCUCAGUCACUUUAUUACAGCUUAAUUUUUUUAAAUCCUACUUUGGACCAUUUAAACUUCUGGGAAGUACUUUGGAUUAUUGGAAUUACAGAUUUUGUUUUGAAAUUUCUCUUCAUGGGCUUAAAAUGCCUUAUAUUAUUGGUGCCUUCUUUCAUCAUGCCUUUUAAAUCCAAGGGUUACUGGUACAUGCUUUUAGAAGAAUUAUGUCAGUAUUACCGAACUUUUGUCCCAAUGCCAGUCUGGUUUCGUUAUCUAGUAAACUAUGGGGAAUUUGGUGACAUGACUAGAUGGAGUCUUGGGAUACUGCUGGCUUUACUCUACCUCAUAUUAAAACUUUUGAACUGUUUUGGGCACCUAAGAACUUUCAGAAGAGUUUUGCGAGUAUUUUUCACACGACCUAGUUAUGGUGUGGCUGCCAGCAAGAGACAGUGCUCAGAUGUGGAUGAUAUCUGUUCAAUAUGUCAAGCUGAAUUUCAAAAGCCAAUUCUUCUCAUCUGUCAGCAUAUAUUUUGUGAAGAAUGCAUUUCCAUAUGGUUUACCAGAGAGAAAACAUGUCCACUGUGCAGAACUGUGAUUUCAGAUCAUAUAAACAAAUGGAAAGAUGGAGCUACUUCAUCACACCUACAGAUAUAUUAAAUUGUAUUAACUGUUAAGGCCACAAAACACUAAUUUCAUUUGGUUACAAUGAUAAACAUUAAAAUGGAUUUUCAGGGCUAGAAGUUAAGGAAAUGUUUCUAUUUUGUUGUAGAUUUUAAGACUUAGUGCGGACUGGAAAGAUAGUACAGUAGUAGGGCAUUUGCCUUUUAUGCGGCCAUGCGGCCACUGGGACUUAAUCCCCACCAUUCCUUAUAGUCCCCUGAGCACUGCCAGGAGCUAUUUCUGAGUGCAGAGCCAGGAGCAACCCUGAGCACCGCCAAAUGUGGCCAAAAACAAAACAGUGAUAAGUGCACAGUCCACUUUAUCAAGAGUAAUAAAAGGCCUGUUUUCAGUAUAUAUGUUGAGCUUUAUGCAUAUGCAACAUUUGUUCUACCCCAAUUAUGACAUGUGAUUGCAGUGUUGAAUUGUAAAUGUGUUUUCUAAAUGUUGCCAAAAUGGCAAUUAGCUAGAACUAGUAGUUUUAGAGGAACUCAGGUGUUCUUUCCUGACACUGUUUGCAGAAGAAUAUUUUUCAUAUUUUAAAAUAUAUAUUAUCUAAAAAUAGAAUUUUCUUUAGCAUUGGCUAAAAUUCCCAUUCUAAAAUGUCUCUAAUUUUCAUAAAAUUUGUAUUUUUACACAAAAAGUUCUAAAUGCUAUAUUUUACCUGUUACAAUCAGAUUUUCUAAGACAGACUUACCGAAGAUAUAUUUUAAUAUUGUAUUCUCUGUAAUAUGAUUAGCAAUCAGUGAGAAGAUUUAAUUUUGUGCCUGAAUCUCAAAUUCUGCUAUCAAUUUUCAUGUUCAUGAUCUUGCUUUUUGUAUGGUGCCAUGGACUACCUUGAAGUAACUAUUAAAAUAAUUCACAGCUUGUAAAUACCUGGCUUCACUGAUCUGCAUUGAGUGGCAAAUAAGAUCAACUUCAUAAAUUCUUAGGACUCUCUUUACAGCUGAUCAACUCAAGAAGAGUUCUGGAAUAUUAUGCUUGAAUCACCACUACACAAAAGAUUAAAACUCGGGCUGGGGUGAUAGCACAGCGGGUAGGGCGUUUGCCUUGCACGCGGCCGACCCGG